AGAAAACAUGCGUGACCAAGGAUAUGAUGGUGCUAGCAACAUGCGGGGUGAAUUUAAUGGUUUACAAGCUUUGUUUCGUGAAGAGUGUCCAUCUGCAUAUUAUGUGCAUUGCUUUGCUCAUCGCUUACAAUUGACUUUAAAUGCUGCAGCUAAAGGGGUGCAUGAUAUUUGAGAAUUUUUCUCUACUAUGAACUUCAUUGUAAAUUUUGUUGAUUCUUCUGCAAAACGGCAUUCAGCGUUAAAAGUUAUUAGAGAAGAAGAAAUUGCAGAAUUAGUGGCUGCCGGUACACUUGGUACAGGAGCUACUCGUUGGGGUUCACAUCUUCGAUCUAUAUCAAGUUUGAUUAAAUUAUAUGGAGCCACCAGAACAACUCUUGCAGAAUUGGUUGCAAACGGACCAAAUAAAGUACAAGGAGAAGCAAAGAGUGUAGGUAAGGCUAUGAUGCGUUUUGAUUUUGUAUUUUGCUUGCUUUUGAUGCAUGAUGUUAUGAGGAUUACUGACUUUCUUUGUCAGUCAUUGCAAAAAAAGCCAUAGACAUUUUGAAUGCUCUAAAUUUUCUUUCAAUAACAAAAUCAAAACUUCAAGAUAUGAGAGAAGAUGGUUGGGAUAAUUUGAUUAUGAAGGUUGCAUCAUUUUGUUGUGAGUAUGAUAUUAUUAUGCCGGAUAUGUCUGCUCCUUACAAGAAAGGUAUAAGGGCUUGUGAACAAAAUAUUACAAAUGAGCAUUAUUAUCGAGUCAAUAUACUUAAUGCUGUCAUAGAUUUUCAAUUGGCAGAGCUGGAUAGUAGAUUUCAAGAUAAUUCAUUGGAGCUCCUUGUUCUUAGUGCUACAUUUGACCCUCGUGAUAAUUUUGUUUCAUUCAAAUCUGAAGAUGUUAGCAAUCUUGCUUUGAAGUUCUAUUCUCAAGAUUUUACAUCAUCUUAUAUGUUUGCUCUAGACAUGGAGUGUGGGUAUUUUCUAACAGAUAUUCAAAAGGAUGCAAGAUUUUCCAAGACAAAUUCUGUGUCUGAUUUGUGUCGGCGGUUAGUUGAAACAAGAAAGUCAGCAUUCUUUCCUAUGAUUUACAGGUUGAUUUGCCUUAUUUUGACUCUGCCAGUUUCUACAGCAACAACAGAGAGAACAUUUUCAUCUAUGAACAUUAUAAAAAGUAGACUUCGAAAUAAGAUGGAAGAUGACUUUCUUGAUGAUUUGAUGGUUCUCUACAUUGAAAAAGAGUUUGCUGAUAGGAUUGAUAAUGAUUCAGUGAUUUCUGAAUUUGAAGUUAGUGGGCCUCGGAGGGUACGGUUUAGUUAGAUAUAUGCUUGUAAUUUGUAAUUUACGGGGUUUUGGUUUUAUGUCUCCCCCAUUGUAUGUUUUGAAUAAUAAAGGCGUGAGGAUGAGCCUCCCAUUGAGUUCCAAACCUAAAAAAAAAAAGAGUUAUGCGCAAAAUAUUUGUUAGGCUAAAAUUAGCCCAACCCUUCAUACAAUCCUGG